UCUUUUCCUUUUGGCUCACCCUUUCCGCACUUCAAGCCUUCUUUCCAGCAUCACACGACGAUGCAUUCCGUCCGCGAUAUCAACCACGCUCGGCUGAACGCGAUUAUGCCGACCCUCCAGCGAAUGGAGGAUGAUCCAGCGUUCCUCGAAGGCCGGAGGCAUCGCUUCGACGCCGACGAUCCACCUCCGCCAUAUUCAUCGGGCGGCAGCACGGAACUGCCCACUCCUGACCCAUUCCCACGCGUCGCAAACGCCGACGUCGAUGUGGACGAGCUCCUUCGCAAGCCGUUGAAUGACAGCGAGAUUCGCAUGUUCGGAUGGGAAGCGGCGCACUAUCGUCCACACCAUCGGUACAACGACGAAUUCCGGCAAGAGAAGACUCGGAUCGGUGAAGAAUGGGGCAGACGGGAUGCGAACUACAAACCGCUCUACCGUGGACCCGAUCUGAUCGGGCGUCCUGGGCAACAACGGCUGGACGUCAUGAUCAGACACAGCAUCAAGAAGCGAUGGGAACGCUUGGGGGUGUGGAAUCCGGAAUGGGGGAUCCCAGCCCGCGUACACUCUGGACCCAAAGAUAAUGAAACCCGUUGGAAGUGGAAGUGGCCUUCGCGAGAUGAGGAGGCCCCGUUUGAGCGCGCGGUUCGACUGCACCUCGAGAGACAAGGCGGCUGGAACGAGGCGAUUGUCCUGCAACCUUCGGACGCUGACCAUCCAACCGACGUCCAUGUGGAUAACCGGGAGUUUUUCAUCACGAGUCGGCCGUGGUACGUAUGGCAACUUGAGGUCGCGGAGGAAGAGGUGAGACUGACACGCGAUCCGGACCCCGAUAACUAUUUUCGGGCACGGGAGAAUGUAACCACACGAUGGAAAGACAAGGGGGACUGGAAAGAGAGCUGGGGUGACUUGCCCGGGUGGAAAUGGAGACACGAAUCCCCUUCACCGGAGCCUGCGGACCCGAACGAUAUGGACUUCACCCCGUCCGAGAUCGAUGCGAUGGAGGAGAUACCGCCUCGAACACCACCACCGAAGCCA